AUCAAAUUAUUAGCGAACAGGAGGGUAAAACAGUUAUAGUGCCAUGUCCUGUAAACAAGGAUAAAUGCGGUGAAUUACAUUCAUUGAAUUGGUUUAAAGGUGACAAUCGUAUAGCUGCCAUGCUGCUAGAUGAUUCAAAUGUCACCAGUGUUGCUGAAGAAUUUGAAGAUAGAGUUUCCGUUGAACAAAAUCCAUUUAGAUUAAUUAUAAGAAAUUUACAAAUCUCUGAUGAGGAUAUUUAUUUAUGUGAUACAACAUAUUUUAUACCAAUUGAAACAUGUGAUAAUUUCAAUGGCCAUCGUGUGGAAUUGAAUGUUUUAGAAAACCUGGUGCCACCUUCGGAGGUUGUGAUUUUGGACGAGAAAGGAGAUCGUAUAGAAAAUGGCAGCAUUGUUGGACCCAUGCAGGAGCGACAAACUUUAAAGGCCACUUGUAUAGUUAAGAAUACCAGGCCACAACCACAAGUAGGCUGGUGGCGGGGGAAUAAGCGAUUGACCACACAUUCUCCAUCGUAUGACGAAAAAGAUGGUCUUUUCACAGCAACUUUAGAAUUAUCAUUACAACUAUCACGUGAUGAUUUGGGUCAUAGUAUAGAAUGUCGUGCUGAAUCGGCAGCCAUACAAAGUACAAUUAAAAAUCACUUUAGUGUGGAUUUGCAAGUAAGACCCACAACAGUGACCAUAAAUGGUGUGGAACAUCAUACGGUGCAAGGCAGUAAAGUUGUAUUAAACUUGCGAU